CUUGUGUUUAAAUCUUAUAGAUAAAAACGAUGCCAGUAAGAGCCUUCUCAGCAACUGAGAAUCAGAAGCAGCCUUAAAAAGGAAAGCAAAUCAAGUCAGCAGUCAAACCUUUUCCACUUUCUCCAGAGAACCCCAAAAGUCUUGUUCCUCAGCAGGUGACAGACGAGGGAGAGAAAAACAGGAGGAGAGUUUUGUGCUGGAAAAAAUUGAGUAGGUGAAACUCAAAUAUUCCAUGAAAAGAUCAAGGGGGAUAAUUUCCAAAUUCAGACAAGGAGAGAAAUACCUGGAAGUCAGUGGGGAGGAAAAGGUCACUUGGAUAGCCACAUAGGGCAGACAGUAACGCAAGCCUCAACCUGUGAGGAAGGAAAGAGUUGCUUGAAUCAAAGCACCACCAAAGAAGGGAUCAAAAAUAGUUCUGAUCUCCUCAAGAAUCCAAGAAUAUCAAUGGUGGAAAAGCCCCACAGAGGUGUAUACUGUGGGAAAAGCACAGAUUACAGAUCACAGCUGAUUAUGCAAGAGAGGACCUCAACUGGCGAGGAGGCCAACCAGUGUUCUCGAUGUGGCAAAAGCUUUAGCAAACACGUCACCCUGGUGAUACACCAGAGGACUCACACAGGAGAGAAACCAUAUGAGUGUCCAGAUUGUGGGAAAAGUUUCAGUCAGAAUUCCCACCUGGUGAAACACCGGAGGACUCACACAGGAAAGAAAGUGUAUGAGUGUCUGGAUUGUGGGAAAAGUUUCUGUUUUAAGUCCAACCUGGUGAUACAUAAGAGAGCUCACACAGGAGAGAAACCGUAUGAGUGUCCGGAUUGUGGGAAAAGUUUCAGUCAGAAUUCUAGCCUCGUGAAACACCAGAGGACUCACACAGGAGAGAGACCAUAUGAGUGUCUGGAUUGUGGGAAAAGUUUCAGUCAGAAUUGUCAUCUGGUGAUGCACCAGAGAACUCACACAGGAGAGAAACCGUAUGAGUGUCCAGAUUGUGGGAAAGGUUUCAGUCAGAAUUCCAGCCUGGUGAAACACCAGCGGACUCACACAGGAGAGAAACCAUAUGAGUGUCCGGAUUGUGGGAAAAGGUUCAGUGAGAAUUCCAGCCUGGUGAAACACCAGAGAACUCACACUGGAGAGGAGGCCUACCAGUGUUCUCGAUGCGGCAAAAGCUUUAGGAGGCAUGCCACCAUGGUGAGACACCUGAGGACUCAUACAGGAGAGAAACCGUAUGAGUGUCCAGAUUGUGGGAAAAGUUUCAGUUGGAAGUCCAGCCUGGUGAUACACCAGAGUACUCACACAGGAGAGAAACCAUUUGAGUGUCCAGAUUGUGGGAAAACUUUCUGCUUCAAUUCCAACAUGGUGAGACACCAGAGUACUCACACAGGAGAGAAACCAUUUGAGUGCCCAGAUUGUGGGAAAAGUUUCACUCAGAACUCCCACCUAGUGAACCACCAGAGGACUCACACAGGAGAGAAACCGUAUGAGUGUCCAGAUUGUGGGAAAUGUUUCAGUCAGAAUUCCCACCUGGUGAGACACCAGAGGACUCACACAGGAGAGAAACCGUAUGAGUGUCCAGAAUGUGGGAAAAGUUUCAGUCGGAAAUCUGAACUGGUGAUACACCAGAGGACUCACAGAAGAGAGAAACCGUAUGAGUGUCCAGAUUGUGGGAAAUGUUUCAGUCAGAAUUCCCACCUGGUGAGACACCAGAGGACUCACACAGGAGAGAAACCGUAUGAGUGUCCAGAUUGUGGGAAAUGUUUCAGUCAGAAUUCCCACCUGGUGAUACACCAGAGGACUCACACAGGAGAAAAACCGUAUGAGUGUCCCGAUUGUGGGAAAUGUUUCAGUUGGCAUUCCAACCUGGUGAACCACCAGAGGACUCACACAGGAGAGAAACCGUAUAAGUGUCCAGAAUGUGGGAAAAGUUUCAGUCGGAAAUCUGAAUUGGUGAUACACCAGAGUACUCACACAGGAGAGAAACCAUUUGAGUGCCCAGAUUGUGGGAAAAGUUUCACUCAGAACUCCCACCUAGUGAACCACCAGAGGACUCACAGAAGAGACAAACCAUUUGAGUGUCUGGAUUGUGGGAAAAGUUUCAGUCAGGAUUCCAGCCUGGUGGGACACCAGAGGACUCACACAGGAGAGAAACCGUAUGAGUGUCCAGAUUGUGGGAAAAGUUUCAGUCGGAAUUCCGAAAUGGUGAGACACCAGAGGACUCACACAGGAGAGAAACCAUAUGAGUGUCCAGAUUGUGCGAAAAGUUUCUGUUUGAAGUCCAACCUGGUGAAACACCAGAGGACUCACACAGGAGAAAAACCAUAUGAAUGUCCAGAUUGUGGGAAAAGUUUCAGUCAGAAUUCCAGCCUGGUGAAACAUCAGAGGACUCACACAGGAGAGAAACCAUAUACAUGUCCACAUUGUGGGAAAAGUUUCAGUCAGAGUUCCAACCUUGUGGUACACCAGAGGACUCACACUGGAGAGAAACCGUUUGAGUGUCCAGAUUGUGGGAAAGAUUUCAGUGUUAGGCCUAGCCUUAUAAAUCAUGUAGCUUUACACAUAGGAGAGAAACCAUUCAAAUGCCCAGACUGUGGACGGUGCUUCAGAAACAAUUCCUCCCUUAGCAAACACAAGAAAAUGCACUUGACGCAGAAGGUGAUGAGUGAAGAGAAGGCUUGAAUUUCACUUCUCAUCUCCCAUUGGACAUCCAGCUAAAAAGUUAAGUAUUUAAUAUCUGGCCUGAUUCUUUUUAGUCAAACAUGUCUCAGUAUUAGACAUGAGGGAGGAGAGAAAAAAAUGGAAAAUAAUAGUUUGAGAAAGGUUAACUAAACGUUUCUGGCUAUCAGUAAUCUGCUGCAGGUCCUGAAAGGUACAUGAAAAAAAGAUAGAAGCACUCAGAUUUUAUGAGAGAAUAUAUUAGGGAGGUUUGUGGCAGUGACAAAAUUCCUGUAAAGUUUCAGAUGCAAAGGCUGUUCUGCCUUGCAGUUGAACAUGAUGGGUGAGAGCUGCAGGAAUAUUGAACUCAGGAGAAAAAGCACUGUGGGUUUGAGUGUAGGAUCCUCAGGUUUAUGAACUGCCCCUGUUGUGAUUGUGUUUGCUUGGAGUGCCUUCUUGUUAGCCUUCGAUGGCUGGUGGGUGAUAGCAGUGCCAAGAGGCUGAGCCUUUUGUUGCAUCCCGCUCGGUGGUGGAGGUGGGAGAGAAGAACUGCACAGUGGAAGAUGUUUCAUGUCUAGAAAUGGAUUGUGUAAGAACCAUUCAUGGCUUUUGAGAAGGAAAGAAACUGGGUGGUGUCAGAAUUGCUCUGAACGUGGGUCCAAGGUAAGGCAAUGCUUCCUUCCCAAGACAUGGGAGAUUUUUCCUUUCUUUCACUUGGGGUUUCUUUUUAAGUUUUCCCCAAUGAUCCCUGCAAGUAAAGAGAGGAGAAUUAUUUGGAGCCGCUAAGUGGCAUUUUAGUUAUGCAG